AAGCUUACACCCGUAGCAGCAGCAAAUAUGAUACAACAAGCAUGUUGUAGUGCAUUUAGUUAGCGAUUUUUAUAUAUCAUAUAUGCUUACACCGUUAGCAGCAAUCUAGUCGGGGAAGCAUACACCCAUUGCCUAAUAUAAAAUUAUUAUUAUUUUAUUUUUAUUUAUUUAUUUAUUUAUUUUUCUUCUCUCUCCUAUUGGGGGAAGCUUACACCCCUAGUGGCAGCAAUCUGUUACAACAAGCAUGUUGUAAAUCACAGACUAGUAUUAAACUAGUGGUAGUCAGGUUGGGGAAGCAUACACCCGCAGCAAUAGCUCUGAGUUAGAUGCAGCGUGCAGCUAAGAAAUGAAAUGCAGUGCUUCCUCAUCAUGAGCACGAUUUCUGCUCCAGUCGGGCCGAUUCCUUUGGCUACGAAAGAGAAGAUGGCGACUCCCAUGAUAUCACACUCCUUACAGGACCAUCAAGUUCGACAUUGUUAGGGUUGAAUAAGAAACCUCUGUGUAUUUAAAGAAAAGCAUGUUACAAUACUCUGAUAAGUUUUCAAGCCACAGACGUUUGCAGAGAUGUAUAGUAACGAAGUAGAUCUACUUCACUACUGUACUUAAGUACUAAAAGGCAGUAUCUGUACUUUACUAAAGUAUUAUUUUUUUCUCCUACUUCCACUUUUACUUCAGUACAUAUUUUCGAUGAGUUUAAUACUUCUACUCCGAUAUUUUUUUUAUGUGCUGCAUCGUUACUCGUUACAAUUAUAAAAAUGUUUCGAAUCAUUCCAUUCCAAACCCACAUUACCACUGCCAGAACGGUAGAUGGCAGGUUUGAUGAAGCUGGCGGCACAUCAUCAUUGAGCGAAUCGAGCGAUUAAGAAGACUGCGCGUGCUGCUCCCGUUCUGCCUUUUGAUCAGCUAAAAAGAUGGACGAACCAAAAACACCACCUUCCACCCCUUCAACUUCAAGUGAUCGUGGCUGUGAGAGUGAGGAAGGAGACCACCCCUGGCCCUACUUAGAGUCCAUGUUCUCAUAUGUCGGAGUGAAAGAUAAUUCAUAUAGAAUGAAGUGCCUACUCUGCCGCCCGAAAGGUUGUGAAAUAAUGGCCUUCAAAAAUUCACCGUCGAAUUUGAAGAAACAUAUCAAGAGCAAGCAUGACAGCCACUUGAGUAGAUACGAGGAACUCACAUCUGCAAAGCGAAAGAAGAAGACUGUGAUUCCCUCCCCUUCCAUCAAGCAGCCCACAUUAAUGGGUAGCUGGGCCACGAUGCCCCAGAGAUCCAUCGACAAGGCAAUCAUGAAGUAUGUUGUCCGAGGACUUCAGCCUUUCAACAUUGUAGAGCAAGAAGCUUUCCGCGAUUUUGUGUUAGACCUGGUGCCAAAUAGCAAAAUAAUGACAAGAAUCACGCUCACAUCUAUGAUUGAUGAUGCUGCAAAACAGAUGAAGAUCAAAAUUAUUGAGGCCAUGAAAACUAUUGACCACAUCGUGACAACCACUGACUGCUGGUCAGCCAGGCGCCGUAGUUUCAUUGGGGUCACGGCUCACUGGCUGGACCCAGAAAGUUUAAAAAGGUGCUCAGUGGCCCUGGCCUGUAAAAGAUUAAGAGGCUCUCACACUUUCGACCUUCUGGCAAAUGCACUUAAUGAUAUCCAUGCUGAGUAUGACAUUCGGGGGAAGAUAGUAAGAACAACCACGGACAAUGGCUCCAACUUCAUUAAAGCCUUCAAAGUCUUUGGUGAAGAUGGAAAUAACAAUGCUGAUGCUCUAGUUCAGGAGGAAGAGGAGGAGGAAGAAGAAGCAGACAAAGAUGAGGAGGAGGUAGAGUUUGUCGAUGUAUCUUCACUUUUGGAUGAGGAUGAUGGUUUUGAGUUCCAGCUCCCGAAGCACCAGCGUUGUGCAUGCCACAUUCUUAACCUAAUAGCCACUGCCGAUGCCAGCAAGGCAGUGUCCAAUGACACGUACAAGAAAUUAUACUACUCAACAUUUGGCAAGUGCAAUGCACUUUGGAAUAAGUGUUCAAGAUCCUCAACAGCAGCUGAAACUGUGGAAGAUGCUUGCUCCCUCCAGCUUGUGCGACCAAAUGCAACAAGGUGGAACUCUGUGUUCAUGGCUGUGGAGAGACUGCUCAGGAUAGUGAAAGAAAAGGGAGAGGCAACAAUGAGAGUUUUCUGCACAGAUUUGAAGGUUCCAAUGUUUAAUCCAGCUGAACUUGCAUUCCUGUCAGAGUAUUCUGCUGUCAUGACUCCAGUCGCCCAAGCAACUAACAUUUUGCAAGCUGAAACCAACGUCCAGAUGGGGUGGCUGCUCCCAACUGUCAAGCUCCUGAAAAAUCAAGCUGAACAGGAUCAAGCUGCCGCUGAAGUACUGCAAGCCACUUGUGGAUGCCUUGCAGGUGGGCAUUGAGAAUCGCUUUGGCCCUAUGAUGGAAGACCCAGAGCUGGUGGCCGCUGCUAUUCUGCUUCCAAAAUUCAAGACAAAUUGGACACAGGAAGAUGAGACAAUCAAAAUAGGUAAGAAAGAUAGUGUAUGGGUGCAUUAUUUGUGUAUUUUACCAAAUUGCAAUCAUGAGUCACACAUACAGUACCGCUCAAAAAUUGGGGAUUACUUUGAAUUUUUUUUUUUUUUUUAUAUAUAUGGAAACACACAUGAGCUGGUCCUGCAUAGAAGAUAUUGCAAACAUACCUAUAAACAGAGCAUUAUGAUGUUAGAGUGAGAAAUGAUGUGGUAUGGGAGCCUUCCUCUUUAAUCUAGUAGUAUGGCAGCCAAGCCUUCCUGUCUAAGGUCUG